AUGAACGAGCGCACAAUCCGUAUCACCCACGGCCUCAUCUUCCUCGUCGUCUUCAUUGUAUCGUACUAUAAUAAGAACGGGUAUCCGCCGCAGCACAAUGCGGCGUACCGCGACCGUAUCCGCAUCACCCUCGUGGCAUCAGUGUGGACGUGUGUCUUUGCGCUGUUCCUCGGUAUCGGGUUCCAGGUUGCAGGCCACAACCUCGCUUUCGGUAUCCUGUCCCACCUCAUCCCGAUGUCCAUCGCGUUCCUGCUCUUCCUCAUCGGCGUGUCAUCUCUCACCGCGCUUAUUAGCAAGGUAUCGUGCGACGACCCGAGGCAGAACUUUGCAAAGUGCCAGUCGGUGUGGGCGCUCAUGGGCGCCGGGUGGGCCGAGACGAUCCUCGUCUUCAUUGCGCUCAUGUUCAUCAUUGGCAUUGCGUUCAAGGCGCGCGCGUGGGGCGGCGUCCGUCGGCAGACCAUGUAUGUCGACUAA